AAAGACCUAAGUGACUUGAGUCAAGUCUAUACAAUUGUGAAAGCCUUGACGUACGUAACGUAUAUGUAGAUCGACAUGUCCAGAUAAAUCAAAUGUGCGGUGAUCUUUUUGGAUUGAUGUCUUUUGUAUACUACAAAGACCUAAGUGACUUGAGUCAAGUCUAUACAAUUGCGACAGCCUUGACCUACGUAACGUAUAUGUAGAUCGACAUGUCCAGACAAAAUCAAAUCUGCGGUGAUCUUUUGGGAUUGAUGUCUUUUUCAGUGUUUGGAAAAAAAAAAUGUUGAUAAUAUUACAUAUAUUAGUUGAUGACAAAUAACACUACAAAAACUCAUAACAGUUUUCUUAGUUACUUUGUUCCGUUCCUUUGAGAAUUUGUGGUGAUGGAUGGUGGUUUAGGACAAAACCCAACACGUCAUGAAAUAAAAGUAGGAGUAGUUCUUGAUCUUAAAACAAACUUUUCCAAGAUCUGCCUCACUUCAAUUAACAUGUCAUUGUCCGAAUUCUACCAAGCUCAUCCUAAUUACCGCACAAGACUUGCGCUUCACGUCAGAGAUUUCAUGGAAGAUAUUGUCGAGGCAACAGUAGCAGCCUUGGACCUAAUCAACAACGAGAAAGUGAGCGCCAUAAUCGGACCACGAAGCUCUUUGCAAGCCGAGUUUAUGAUUAGACUGGCCAACAAAUCUCAAGUACCGAUCAUCACAUUCUCUGGAACAAGCCCUCUUUUGACGCCCAUCAGGAGCCCUUACUUCGUCCGAGCCACUCUUAACGACUCAUUCCAGGUCAGAGCCAUUGCGGCCAUUGUCAAAUCCUUCGAAUGGAGACGUGUUGUCAUAAUCUAUGUGGACAACGAAUUUGGAGAAGGAAUGAUGCCAAAUCUGUCUGACGCUUUACGCGAUGUGCAUGUUUUUGUAUCAACUAGAAGUGUGAUCUCACUGGAGGCUAGCAAUGACCAGAUUACAAACCAGCUUUACAAGCUCAUGACAAUGCAGACAAGGGUGUUUGUUGCCCACAUGCCACCAAAUCUUGGGUUUCGGGUUAUUCAGAAAGCUAGAGAUAUUGGGAUGAUGGGGGAAGGGUAUGUAUGGAUAUUUACAGAUGGAAUGACGAAUUGGAUUGGAUCUACCGAGCACGGUAGCAACCUGGAGAAUAUGCAAGGGGUGUUGGGUUUGAGAAGCCGUAUCCCCAACUCAAAAGAGCUUGGAAACUUCAGCUUGAGAUGGGAGAAAAUAUUUGGGCAGGCUAAUGCAAAACCAAAUGUUUUUGCGUUACGGGCGUAUGAUUCGAUAACUGCAUUGGCCACGGCCGUGGAGAAAACGAACACAAAGAACUUACGGUAUGAUAACCUUAUUAGCGCAUUCUUAAAUAACACGACGGAUUUGGGGACACUAGGGGUCUCUCGGUACGGUCCAAGUCUUCUAAAGUCUCUGUCGGAUGUAGACUUCAACGGUUUAGCAGGAAAAUUUAAACUCGUUAACAUGGAGCUCGAGCCAUCAACUUUUGAUAUCAUCAAUUUUAUUGGAAAAGAAGAGAGGAUUAUCGGAUCCUGGACACAAACCAAUGGACUUGUGAAUGAAAAUCCAACAAGUGAGAGGUUGGGUCCUGUGAUAUGGCCCGGGAAGUCGACAGUCAUUCCGAGAGGAUGGGAGAUUCCAACGGACGGCAAGAAAAGAUUUAAAGUAGGUGUUCCACUGAAGAGAGGAUUUUUAGGCUUUGUGGAUGUAAAGCAAGCUGAUCCGAGGAAGGCAACAAUACCAACAGGUUACUCCAUAGAAGUCUUUGAAGCUGCUCUUAAAAGGUUGCCUUACUCAGUCAUCCACCGCUACGUCACUUUCGAUACUCCAAAUCAUAGCUACGACACUCUGGUAGAGCAAGUCCAUAAUGGGAUGUUCGACGCAGCUGUGGGAGAUAUAACCAUCAGAGCAAAUAGGUUUGUGUCUGUUGAUUUCACGUUACCAUACACAGAGUCUGGUGUAUUUAUGUUGGUACCAAUGAAGGACAAUGAGAACAAUACAUGGUUUUUCCUCCUACCACGGAGCUUAGAACUAUGGGUCACUACCGCUUGCUUCUUCAUAUUCAUUGGGUUUAUUGUGUGGAUUUUAGAACACAGAGUCAACACCGACUUUCGUGGACCGCCUCACCACCAGAUCGGCACUAGUUUCUGGUUCUCCUUCUCCACUAUUAAUUUUGCCCACCGUGAGAAGGUAGUGAGCAAUUUAGCAAGGUUUGUGGUGAUCGUCUGGUGCUUUGUGGUGCUUGUGCUGACUCAGAGUUACACAGCGAAUCUCACAUCUUUCCUUACAGUACAACGGCUUAAACCAGAAGUCACCACUGUGAAUGAACUUAUAGAAAACAAGGAGAUUGUAGGAUACCAAAACGGUUCUUUCGUGCUUGAAUUUUUGAUAAAGAAAGGAUUUCAAGGUUAUCAACUCAAGCCUUAUAAUUCUGCUGAAGAAUGCCACAAUCUUUUGAUUAAUGGGACAUCGAAAGGAGGUAUUGCAGCAGCUUUCGAUGAGGUGGCUUACCUUAAACUUAUCAUUUCUCAGUAUUGCAACAAAUAUGCAAUUGUUGAACCUUCUUUUAAGAGUUCUGGUUUUGGCUUUGUAUUCCCCAAGAAUUCACCAUUGACGGAUGAUGUCUCUAGGGCUAUCUUGGAAGUGAUUGAAAACGAUGAAAUGCAACAAAUCGAGAAUAAAUGGUUCUUCAAAAAGAGUAAUUGUUCUGAUCCAACCUUCAUUCCUUCACACAACCGGCUUAGCGUCAGUAGCUUUUGGGGUCUAUUUCUAAUAGUAGGUGUUACUUCGCUCUUGGCUCUUCUCGUCUUUGUGGCUUUUUUCUUUUAAGAACAUAGGCACACGCUGUAUGAGGACUCCGAAAUUUCUUUCUGGAGAAAGCUAACGAUUUUGGUUAGAAGCUUUGACGAAAAAGACAUAAAAUCCCACAUGUUCAAGGAUAGUGCGGUUCAUAAUGUGAGUUCACCUAGUACUCAAUGCACCCCAAGAUCUUCCACAAUGCAGAACAUACCAUGGCCACAAAAUCCGUCAGAGAACAUGGAGUUUGAGCUAAGAAGAGUGUCUCCCGUUCCGAGUGAAGAAUUUUCCACUCCACAACUAGAACAAGAUGAAGAUGAGGAAGCUAAUACUUUACGGGAAGUAGAAUGAGAAAGAAAGUUUGUUGAAGCAAGAUUCAGGAAGAAAGUUUGAACUGACGAUCCAACUGAUGCAUUUAGAAGCAUACUUAUUUCAAUGUAUAUAUAAAAAGCUUGACUUAGAUACGGAACCAAGAAGAGACAAAUGCACAGUACCAAAAAUCAGUUCAAAAGCCAAUAUAUUACUGCAAGAAACAUACUACUUCAAUGUAUAUUAGGUAAUUCUUCCGUUAUCUAUAUGCAAAUAAGCGUAUAUUGAGAAACACAAAAAUAUUUUCCUCUGCGGAAAUUAGCAGAUUUAAUGAUGGUAUUCUUCCUUGCCUUUUUAACACUAAAGAUUUCAUUCAAAGUAGAGUGAACGGAGAAUACCAUCAGUAUAUCUGCUAAUGUACAUAAAACAAUUUUGACAACUUAUCAUGUUUUUGCAAGUUGUUUGAUAAGUUUGUAAGUCGAGAUAUACCCAUGUUUGACCAUACUUUCAGAUACAUGAAGAGUUAGGGAAGACUAAGAGGAUGAAAUGGUAUGGUAGAAUGGAAAGCAGGGGAAGAGUGCUGAGUCUCGAAGCUCUGACAGAGGCCAAGAGGCAUUAAUGCCUUGGUUAAAACAAAAAAAAAAGUAAAGAAAUGUGCAGCCAGAGGACACAAGACAAUUUUUCUUCUCUCAAUAACUUAAUUUUUAUUACAAACAUUAGAAACUUUGUGGUUUUUUUUUUUUUUUUGAAACACUGAUUAAAUUAAUAAGGAGAAAAGUUAGCUGAGCGCAUUAACAACACCAUCAACUACAUACUGUCCUGGUGCAUUCAAAGCACUUUUAGCUAGCAAAUCUGCAUCGAUCGGUGUUCCUCUCACGAGGGAUCCACACAAAGCAAGCAAAAUCAAAAGCAGGGAUACAAGAUACAAGAAACUUUGUGGUUUACCAAGAGGUUUAUAUUCUUCUUUGUUGAAUUUUUCAAGAUAUUUUAUUUUCGCAAGUAUCUGGAAUUUCUUCUUGUACUUACUAGCGGACAUAACUGCCUCACGUUUCCUAUGUAUAAACCUUAUUUUGCUAGAAGAUGUAGCAAAAUCUGCGGUUGAACAACAAAGAACACUGAAGGACAACUUGAAAGAAGAAUGAAGUUGGAGACUUUUAAAAUCGGUUAUGAACUCAUCGUUCCUAAAAGAAUCGAGAUCUCGCCAGUCUUUCGUCUCUAAUACCUCGACGUUAUUGUAAUUUUAAUUUUAUUCCAUUCUAACGUUCUCGAAAGAAGAAUGAAAUUUGACUCAUUAGGACUGAGAUUAAGCACUUAAGUGAAAUGUUUAUGAAAAUUUUGUUCUUUGUUCUUCGAAGGAUAUCCUUCAAGAAUCGAAUUAAUGAUGUUCUUUGUAUUAUUAGAAAAUGUAUGAUACGUUUGGCGGAUUGAUAGCUAAAUUACAUUAUGAUGUUUAUGUGAAAAUAGUUGUUUAAUCCUAACUCCUAAGUAUAUGAGACAUGAAAGAAAACAUUAUCAUAGUAUACAUGAGUUAUUUAAUGAAAUGUUUAGUUAAUGUUUUUAAGCCGUAUGUUGGCUUUGGUCAUAAUGAAUUUUCGGAUUGCUGGUUGACUUUGGCAGUGAUGGACCUUUGGGUCAUAUGUUGGCUAUGGUCUGCAAUGGACUUUUGGGUUGUAUGUUGGCUACGGGAUAUGACGAACUUUCGAGUCAAAGGUUAGCUAUGGACCAACAAGCAGUGAUGGACCGAUAUGUCUUGAUGGACCUUUCGAUCACAUGCUUGCUUUGGCCAUGACAGACCUUUUUAUCGCAGGUUGGCUUCGGCCGUGAUGAAUCUUUGGGCUGUAGGUGACCUUCAGGCUGAAAAUGUAAAUGAAAGACUAAGUAGUAAGAAAAUAGUUAAGUACAGGAGAUGAUAAAACGAUCUAACAAGUUUAUAAUAUUGGAUAUGUAGAAAUGAAUGAUAAUGAUUAUUGGGCUGUAUAUGGACGGUUCCUAACUGUUUAUUUUAUAGGUCUAUGCCUUCUUUUGUAAUACCGGUGAAAAUUAAUUGUAUGAACAUGAGCUCGAGGUUAUUGAAACCAUCGGGACUUGGGUGCAUGAACUUGGAGUAUUACUUUUUGGGAGUUUUUAAACAUUAUUAUUACAGUACAGGGUAUACACCAUUGCCACGAAGUCCCCAGUCCGUCACCAAUUAGGGAGUUUGUGUCAAUAAGAGUGUCUUGCAACGUGAGCAGAGAGCUUUUGAACCUGCAACCGGCACAAGAUGAAGAUGAUAGAUUUUCUAUUCAAUGUGAAAUAGAGAGAGGUUGCAAAAGUGCAUGACAGGUUUGCCACUCUGUUUUCGAUUGUACGUAAUAGUAUUGCUUUUAUCCAAUCCAACCUAUAUGUUGAGUUUAAACUUAUCAUAGAUAAAAUCUUGUAUUCAUAUUCGUAUGUUUAUUUACAAACUUACGUCAAUAAGAGUUUUAUAUUUGCAAUCAAUUUUUUAUUUUUUUUGAAUAAUCUGGAGCAUCCCGGAUCUAUGAAAAGUUUAGACUAUUCUAUAGUGCCAAGUGCAAAAGAAUUUUUUUUUCGAAAGUUUAAUUUGAAAUAUCAUGUUUUAAAAAUAAGAUCACAAACUUGUUUAUUUAUUUUUUGGGAAGAACUAGGAAGUGUUGAGUCUGAAGUCUCCUACAUCUCUAUAAUACGAGACCCAGACCAUGUUAAAAAUUAGUUAUCUUCAGAACAUAUAAAGUGUUUCAGUGGUACCUAAAGCUUCAAGAGACUAUUGUUCAAGCCUCAACAAGGACGUGGUUGGUUUAAAUAGCUUUCUUUUAACAAAUUUAAUGUAGUCCAGUGGUAAGAUCAAAAGCUUGAGAGAACAGAGAAAAUUAAUAAAGGCAGGUUAUGUGCGCAUAAGUUUGUAACCAAAUUAUCUCUUAGAAUUGGAGUCUUCUCCUUCAGCCUCUGUCCCCAAUGUAAACCACUCGACGUCCUUCACUUAUCCUUGAUGAAUUAAAAACCGGACCAAAUGCAUUUGUAUACUACAAAGACCUAAUAAGUGACUUGGUCAAGUCUAUACAAUAGCGAAAGCCUUGACCUACGUAACGUACAUGUGCGGUGAUCUUUUGGUAUUGAUGUCCUUUUCAGUGAUACCACUGAUACCACUAAGAUAUAUGUCGCCUCCUUUCCGUCAUACUCGGACAAGAUUCUACAAAGCUUUGACCAUCUUUUGGGCUUUGGGUUGUAUGCAGAAGCUUCCAUAGUGAAGUUUUCGUCUAAAGCUACGACCGCUCAAAAGAUCCAUAGCUCUUCAACCGACGGUAUAACGCCUCUCUCCCUUGUCGCUGGAUCUAUUGUGCAAGAGUGUGGAUUCGCCAGAUUUUCUCGAUACUAUGUUACUGCUGCGUCUCCAUUACAUUAUGCCGUCUCAAGCAUCGACGGUUCUUCACAUAGUCAGCUCUACGGUCCUGUGCAAGAGUGUGGACUCGCCAGUUCUUCAUGUUGUUACGUUAUCGCUGCGCCUCCAUCACACUACGCCGUCUCAAACAUCGACGGUUCUUCACAGAGUCAGCUCUAUGGUGCCCCCAUCCCUAUCCUUGUCGCAGAAACUAUUGUGCAAGAGUGUGGACACGCCAGAUUUGCUCGUUUCUAUGUCAUUGUUGCGUUUCCAUCACAUUAUGCCGUCUCAAGCAUCGACGGUUCUUCACAGAGUCAUCUCUGCGACUUUCCCAUCGGAGCUGUUAUCUUCUAUGGAGUUUCCCGGAACUCUUGCUUUCAAAACCCAUUAGUUGGGCUAUUCAACGUCGAUUUCGACCUAUGUGCGUUUCUUCGAACGCGAGCUUUAGGACUACAAGUGAAGUGUCUCUAUGGGUCUCUUCUCUCCUUAGCCACAUCUAUCUUUCGACAUGUUUUAGUUAUUUUCGUCUAUCAGUUUAUCGUCGAGAAUCUCUCCAGUUGUAACCGACUUAGCCCAUUGGGUCUUUAAUUUUAAUAUAAGUAUUUCGUGUUCAAAAAAAAAAAAAAAAAA